CCCCUCCCCACCCUCGCCAUGUCCGCCGCCACCUUUGUCUCCAAGGACGAGCUCCGCGCCCGUUUCUGCUCGGCCCUCAGCGCCAUGUACCGCGCCGAGGUGCCCCUCUACGGAGACCUCAUCGAGCUCGUCGACGACGUCAACGCCGAGACUGGCAUCAAGCCUGAGGACCGCCUCAAAGUUGAGCGCCACGGUGCCAUCCGCCUCGGCAAGCCCGACGAGCUGGCCAUGAUCGCGCGCCUCUUCGCCCAGAUGGGCAUGGAGCCCGUGGGCUACUACGACCUGUCGCCUGUCGGCGUUCCCGUCCACGCGACUGCCUUCCGCCCCACCGCGCGCUCGUCGCUCGCGUACAACCCCUUCCGCGUCUUCACGUCGCUGCUCCUCCCUGAGCUCCUCGAGCCCGAGCUCCGCGCCGAGGUCGAGGCCGUGCUUGCCAACCGCGACAUCUUCCAGCCUGAAGUACGCACACUCGUCGCCAAGUCGGAGUCCGACGGCGGACUCGUCGAGGCCGACGCUGCCCUGCUUGUCGAGAAGGCCCUCGACACUUUCCGCUGGCACGACACUGCCCUCGUAACCCGCGACGUCUACGAGCGCAUGCACGAGGCGCACGCCCUCGUCGCCGACAUUGCCGCCUUCAAGGGCCCCCACAUCAACCACCUCACGCCGCGCGUGCUCGACAUCGACGCCGCGCAGGAGGGCAUGUCGCGCCGCGGCAUCACGCCCAAGACCAUCAUCGAGGGCCCGCCCCGCCGUGCGUGCGAGAUCCUCCUCCGCCAGACGUCGUUCCAGGCGCUCACCGAGCCGAUCAACUUCCCCGGCGGCGGCUCGACCUCGGGCUCGCACCGCGCGCGCUUCGGCGAGAUCGAGCAGCGCGGCCAGGCCCUCACGCGCAAGGGCCACGCGCUGUACCUCGAGCUCAUGUCCAAGAUCCCCGCGGCGGUCGACAACGCGUCCCACCAGAAGGCGCUGGGCAAGGUGUUCGAGGCGUUCCCAGACACUUGGGAGGAGAUCGCCGCGCAGGCGCUCGGAUACUUUGAAUACGCGCUCGUCGGCGCCGCGCCCUCCGCGCCCAAGGCACUCGCCGAGCUCGUCCGCGACGGCGUCGUGUCCCAGACGCCCGUGACGUACGAGGACUUCCUCCCCGCCUCGGCGGCCGGCAUCUUCCAGUCCAACCUCGACUCGCCCGACUCGCCGGGCAAGCGCUCGCCUUCGCCCCCUGCACGCAACGCUACCCGGGAAAAGUUUGCCGCCCUCCUGCCUAUCAAGCUGAGGGAUAGCUUCGCGCUCCACGAGGGGAUCCAGGAGAGCUCGAUCCGCAAGCUCGAGGAGCAGCUUGGCUGGAAGCUGCCUGCGUAAGCAACGGGUGGCGUGUAUUCGUAUAAUGUAUUACAUGCAGGCAUUGUAUUGGCA